AUCGCCCAGAUCGACCAUAUCCUCUACACUUUGCACCGAGGUUACAUGCAUCAGACGGUAGCGCCGAUCGCUUGUAAGCCACUGUUCCUGAAUAAAGAAGAUGUAUUGACCGUUUACAAUCUCAUCAAGGAAAUAAAGUAUGAUGCUGGUUGA